AUGGCGACCAAGGUAUCAGCCGUCUCCUACGCGACGCCAGCAGGCAAUAUGCCAGAGGGCCCCUCAGGUUCAUUUCUCGUUUUCCCUUCGCAUGUCGGCAUCCUCGUGGCGCGUGGCUUCUCUUUGUUCUUUGCCAUUAUCAUCUUGGGCCUCUCUGUCUACUUGAUGCACGGGCUGGUGCUCAGUGCGUACGCCUUCUCGCUUGUCUGUAGUAUCUUCACCCUCGCCAUCGUCCUCUAUGCGGUCUUGACCGAGAAGGUGUCCGGCUGCCGGGCGGGUUACAACUGCUGGGCCAUCCUGGCGCUCGACCUACUCAUGAUCAUCUUCUGGCUGUCAUCAAUGGCGGCUAAUGCGGCCCUGCGCGCUACCUUCAUCUACGCCGUCGACACGGAAUGUUACGACGAUGGAAGCACGUUCAAUUCCGGCCACUGUGUCGUGGAAAAGCGAGACAGAAGCAGCAGCGUGGUGAGGCGUGAUGGUGCCGUGGCUGGCCCGGUCGGGAGGGCCUCGAUGAGUGUCAUUGCUGGCCUCUCUGCUUUGGAGAUGCUACUCUUCAUCGCCACGUUUGCAUAUCUUGCCCACACUGUGCGCUUGUAUCGUCGAAGCAAUGCCAGCCGCCUCCACGGCGGCGUCGAGGGUGGUCCGGUUGAGAUGAAGGUCCAGAGCCAGCCGAUGCUCUACCAGCAGGACAGCCAGCCGACACAAGCUUACAACAGCUACAGCAAUACUACCGCUCAACAGCAGCAGCAGGCGUAUGGUAGCUACCCGUCCCAUACCUUUUCAACUACCGGCCAGACACUUGCUCCUCAAGAAUAUGAUACCAGUCAGAACUCAGCUCCUCCAAUUUAUGCACCGAGCCAGACCCCCAUCUUGCAGGGCUAUCCGACAGCUUCACAUACACCCGUCCAGGCAGGCACUGUUCAAGGCCAGCCAGACCCGUUAUACUAUUCUGGAGCGGUACCCGUGCAGCAGCAGCAACAGCAGCAGUACUACCAACAGUGA